UCUAGUCACCUGAUAUCAAUAUGGCUUCGCGCUUGUGAAAGUCAUGCUACAGGUGUCAGCAUUAAGAUUCAGAGUGUAUGAAUGUAGUUAUAGCCAGUGAAUCUGUGGGAAACAGUAGCUGCCAUUCCCUAUAUUUGAUUUUACAGAUCGUAUAGUCAAUAUUGCCAUGGACACCGACGGACAACUACGAAAUCUGCGCGAUUUCCUCCUGGUUUACAACCGAAUGACGGAGAUCUGUUUUCAGCGAUGCACGAGUAAUUUCAACUACAGGAGUCUUACCAUGGAUGAAGAGCGAUGCGUGGACAGCUGCGCGGGCAAACUGAUCCGUUCCAACCACCGCCUCAUGGGCACGUACGUGAAGCUAAUGCCAGGGAUAGUGAAGCGGCGCAUGGAAGAGAUGGAGAGCAAGGCAGCGGAAACAGCUGAGGCAGCAGCCCCAGUGCAGCCUCUGGCUGGAACAUUAGCUACAUCGGAGGGCCCCUCCGCAAUUACAACAGAGUCACCCCCAGUAAUGUCGUCUUCAGCAGCUCCUGCCGCACCGUCAGCAGGUUCUCCGGUGCGGUGACGAUUGAAGUGCCUGCUGGGUUAGUGGCGUUUCCACCACUGGGUGUUGACACUGCAUGUGCAUUCUGUGCCAAGUGGCCUGGCAUCUGUCGCAGCGCAGGCUUCCAGUGCCGCAGCAGCACAAGAUGCAGCCAUUUCAUUCAUACUACUCCUAAAUGUAAACAAAGCACCUGUCCAGACAGAAUGUGUACACACACCUGUAGAAAUACCAACAGUUGCACCAUCUACCCAGGGAUAUACAAAUGUGACACUUCCACUUUUAAAAUGGACCUAAAAUAGCCAUCCCUCUCAAACAUGGUGGCAGCCAUCCCAAUAGAACCACUUGCUCUUAAACAGGCCAGUAUAGACUGAAGUAGCACAGGGCUCCGAGAACCUCAAUCCAUUGAAGGUGCAAGUUGAAACAAGCUGCCAUCUUGAUGAUGUCAUUUAUUAUUGGACAAAUUGAACCUCACUGCUUAAAAAUGAAUCUGAAACUGCUGAAAGGUUUGUAUUUUCCUAGUACCAUGUACCAAUGCAUUGAGAAAAGGUAAUCCAUAGAUAUCGAAAAAUGAUUGCUGACUAAUAGUAGGACAUGGUGUCAGGGAAAACCCUUUUGACAGUUGUUGACUUGAUGGACAUUACAUGUGUCUGGAAGGACAAGCAAAAAGUAAAAAGGUAGUAUUCCAUUACAAAAUGCAUUUAGAAGAUGUAUGCUUUGAUCUGCAAAGAUAACAGAAGUUAUAGGUUACUACAAUGCAUUUUCAAUGUCUGCUUGUCCUGUCCAGAGAUGGGAGUGAAGGGGGCUUGGUAGCCUUUGAAAUAGCUGUCAAGAGGGGAUUGUGGUCAACUAUAGUGUUAAUACUGAGUGUCUUUUCCUUAAGCAUUGUAUCAUUAUGUCUACAUGGGUAAAAGCUGUUUCUUACCUUAACUUGAAUACAGAAUUAAAAUGAAAACCAUA